UCCAGGAAGGGAUGUUUCAAGUGCGGAAACUUGGGUCACAUUGCUGAAAAUUGCUCUUCCGAGCAGCGCCUCUGCUACAAUUGUCGUCAACCUGGUCACGAAUCUUCAGCUUGUCCGUCGCCUCGUACUGUUGCUGCAAAGCAGUGUUAUUCCUGUGGUGGUGUUGGUCAUAUUCAGGCAGAAUGUCCCAAUUUGAGAGUUCAAAGUGGUAAUCAAAAGUGCUACAAUUGCGGUCGGUUUGGACACAUUGCUCGCGUUUGUCCGAGUGGGGCUACUGGAGUGUCAGGUGCCGGGACUGGGGUCGGGUUUGCUUCCCGUGCACCUCCUCCGGGACGUGCUCUGAACACAUCUACACUUCCUCCGGUGAAAUGUUACCGAUGUGGAGGACCCAAUCAUAUGGCGAGGUGA